CCUUCUCCCCAUAGGACCCCCAUGGGCACCCCUGUGACUAUGGGGGGGUCCCCUCAGUGGGAUUGGUCCCCCAAAUUUGGGGUGGGGGUCCCCAAAUUUGUCCAUGGAUCUGAGGGGCUUCUCCCAACCUUCUUCUCCCCACAGGACCCCCCCCCAUUCCCACGAUGCUGCCCUGGAGCUCCCGGGCUCUGCUGCUCCUCUGCGCCGGGAUUUUGGGGGGGCUGGGCCUCGCUGCCCCCCCAGAGGAGGAGGAGCUGUGGAUGAGGCUGGUGCUGGAUGAGACCCCCGUGGUCCAGCUCCUGGAGGACGUCGCCCACCGGAUGGGGAAUGGGAGCAGCCAGGGGGCCGCAGAGCUCCAGGAACGACACCAGGUUUUUCCAUCCCACCUCCCUCAGGAGCAGGAAAGACCUCGGGAUGUUUAUCCCCGACGAGAGAGUGCCCUGGUCCUUCAGGAGGUGAUGGAGAAGCUGCAGAGGCUCAGCCAGAGCCUGGAGCUGAUGCUGGAGGCCUCGGAGAACGCACGGAGCCGGCUGGAAAACCACCUGGAGCGCCUCAAGGCCGUUCCCAACCCGGAUGGUCAGAGCCCAAGUGCCACCUCCACCUUCAUCCCACCCGGCUCCUACUCGGCGCUGCUGGUUCUUCUCCUGGUGCUGGCGCUGCUCUGGGUGAUCCUCCUCCUCUUCCUGGCUUCCAGCGCCCUCGGAAUCCCGGAGCUCUCCGCUCUCCUGGUCCUUGCUGUGGCAGGACAGCGGCUGGUGGCACCCAGAGGGAUCCGGCUGGUGGUUUCCCGGGAAAAACCUCCUCGCCGGCUCACCUCCACCCCGGAGAGGGAAUGCGACCUGGAGCUGCUGCAGGAGGAGCUGGACAGGAUGGAGAUGAGCUGCGUGCGAGAGCCCUCGUACCUGGACCAGCCCCAGGAGGUGGCCUGGGACAUUCCCAGCUCCGUAGGAUGGGUGUCACCUGUUCCUGGUGUUUGGAGGACGACGUGGAGCUCGUGUGGGGUAAGUGGUGCUGGAUGGGAUGUCCCCAAAUUGGGGUUGUCCCCCAAAAACCUGCUCUUCGGGAAGGUUUUGGUCAUGGAAUCAUGGGACGGGUUUGGAGAUUUGGGAAUGGAUUUUG